AGUAGCAUCAUUAAAAGAUAGGUCAAACAUAUCCGUUAUUGCAGUAAUUAUUAUGUAUUAACCAACAUCCAUGCAGACUGUUCGAUCAACGUCUGCCAAAAUAUCGGGCUUUUGUACUAUACUGCCCACAAAAAAUAUGUCUGUAGUAUUUUCUACUCGUUUAUACACAACUACAAAAUGCGUGGCCACUGGAUCCCAUGUGAAACCUCAAAAUCCGGUUAAAAAAGUUUUAAAGAGUGGAGUAUUCUGGGACAUUGAGAACAUACCGGUGAAAAAAUCCAUUGCCGCUAAACGUAUACCGGAGAUUAAGCAAGCAUUAACGAAUUUCAUAACCCAAGUCAAUCAUUAUGACGAAGAAAAUCCACCGAAAAAAGAGAUCGAAAAGUUUCUGGCCGUCGCGAGACAGCAGGGCGAAAAUCAAUUUCCUACGACAUCUGAUCUGGUGAAACGCACACUUGUGGAACACGAGAUUGAACUCCUUGAUCUUCCAUACUGCAACGAUCCGGAUUAUUGUGAUGAUGCAAUUUAUCACAGUGUGUUGUACUUCACGCGCGACUACGACAAGUGCGUCGUAGUGGCCCUGACGGGCGAUGUCGGCCUGGUACGCCGCAUUAACAACAUCAACCGGGAUUUUGACCUUAUCGUGGUCAUGCAGCGAGCCGGAAAGAAAACCAGCACUAUGCAGAAGCACUGCGACAAAAUCAAGCAGACAAACGAACGCGGCCGUCAACAAGCGGUCUACUUUAUUGACGAGGUGAUCAGGAAGUGUAUUGCCGGAUGCGUCCCGCUAACGUUUUCGCAGUUGCUGCGCCUAAACAACUCAAGGACCAACGUUUUUGACGAACCAUACUUAGACGAGAACCACUUCAGACUUUUGUUUUCCGAGCGUUGUGAAGAAACAUCAGAUAGCUCGACAGAUUUGGAAUGGGCACCUUUCUCUGCAAACGUAUUAGAGAAGUUGCGGCACCACUUCAGACUGAUGAAAGCAGCUAUCUCACAAUGCUCAAACCGAAUCAGGAAAGCGUUCUGCAUGCCAGAGCAAACUUCAGUCACCGUUAGCGGUUGAAGGGAAACUCAGUGACUCAGAACUGUCACACUUAAUUGUGGCAGGGAUUGAAUAAUUAAGAAUGAAACUGAAAGGUCGUCAAAUAGCAAUGAUUAGCUACCAUUCCAAAGCUAAUCCAUACAAACAAGGCUGUAGUAGUGGGCUGCAAAAUACCUAUGGUGGGCUGCAGGCCCACUACAUACAUAUGUUCCCGACUUCCUGUUUGUAUUCAGUGCAAGCAGUUCUUCAUACUGUUAAGUAUUGCAUUGACAUCUUGUAUGCGGUGCGUACGAUGCUGCAGUGAUGCAGAUUAAGUAAAGCAUUACUUUUAAGAGAGCUGGACGUAUAUAGCUGGACAUAACAUUUUUUAUAUGGUCACAAAAACCUAUAAUUAGUUGUUAUUGUGGGUAUAUCCGGAUGUGCGUGCCCACUUCGAGAUGAUAAAAACAAGUUCUUACAUU